AUGAGUUUCAACUGUGAAGUCUGCAAUUCCAAUUCUAGUGGUAUUCAUUUUGGAGCCAGUGUGUGUAGAGCAUGUUCCGCAUUUUUUCGUCGGUCAGUGUCUAGAAACCAGGAAUACAGCUGCAGAAGAAAUGGGGACUGUAAAAUGGGAACAGCUGUUCAAAAACACCGAGACAUCUACGGAAAACGAUUGCCAAUUUUUCAACCCAUAUUCCUACCAACUCCAUUCUUAAACCAAAUUGGCGGAAUGUACAAAAAGCUGGAACUCGACAGAAUAGAAGUUUACCAAUUCUAUGAACCUCCACGAUAUGUUAAUUACAAACAGAAUAUUGAAAUCUUGCUCAGAGAGUUUUAUCUGAUUUCCGAUUGGAUUUACAACUCCUUUAAUGGUUAUGCAGCCCUUCCCACUGAUCAAAAAGACGUUCUAAUUCGUCAUUUCUAUUUUCAAUUUCUCAAUUUGGAAUCUGGAUUUCGUUCGAGUCAACGACGAAGGAAUGAUGUUUGGUUUCUACCUUCCGGAGAUUUUAUAGAUUGUGUAAAUUUGGAAUCAUUCUUUCAUGAUCCCGACGAAAUUCAACCGAUAAGUUCUGAGGAAGCGGUGAGAUUGUUCAGUCCUUCAUUUGAGAGUUAUCAUAGAAAUGUGUCAAUUCCGAUGAUCACGGACCAUGUGGAUUUCAUGGAGUUUUUGGCUCUGGUCACCUUGAUUCUAUUUCCGACAGCUGUUCAAAAACACCGAGACAUCUACGGAAAACGAUUGCCAAUUUUUCAACCCAUAUUCCUACCAACUCCAUUCUUAAACCAAAUUGGCGGAAUGUACAAAAAGCUGGAACUCGACAGAAUAGAAGUUUACCAAUUCUAUGAACCUCCACGAUAUGUUAAUUACAAACAGAAUAUUGAAAUCUUGCUCAGAGAGUUUUAUCUGAUUUCCGAUUGGAUUUACAACUCCUUUAAUGGUUAUGCAGCCCUUCCCACUGAUCAAAAAGACGUUCUAAUUCGUCAUUUCUAUUUUCAAUUUCUCAAUUUGGAAUCUGGAUUUCGUUCGAGUCAACGACGAAGGAAUGAUGUUUGGUUUCUACCUUCCGGAGAUUUUAUAGAUUGUGUAAAUUUGGAAUCAUUCUUUCAUGAUCCCGACGAAAUUCAACCGAUAAGUUCUGAGGAAGCGGUGAGAUUGUUCAGUCCUUCAUUUGAGAGUUAUCAUAGAAAUGUGUCAAUUCCGAUGAUCACGGACCAUGUGGAUUUCAUGGAGUUUUUGGCUCUGGUCACCUUGAUUCUAUUUCCGACAGGACUAGAAGGCCAAUCUGACGAUUGCGUAGAAAUUAGUAGGCGAGUUCGAGACACUGUUCAAAAAGAGAUAAUUCAUUAUUUCAAAAACACAAAGAAUUCGGAAGACGCGCCAAUUCGAAUGGGCAAUAUUCUAUCGAUGCUUCCGAAUCUAGAGAGAUCUUCUCGCCGCUUCACCGAAGAUAUCGAAUUGAGACGAGUGUUGAAAGCCUUUCCAGUUAAUGUUGAUUUUUAUGAAAAAUGUUUAAUGAAGUUUUGA